CCACAAUCGCGUCAACUAUCGGAGAUCUGAAACCACCACAGCAGCCGUCGCCAGAAAGUAGCUCAUCGAGCAGACAAAAUAACUCGGAAAACAAGCUCGUCGUGGAAAAGCGUGCCUCUUCAAUAAACGACGUUUUGGGCUCAUCCCACUCUAGCAUACCUGUAGCAGGCGGCUACCGUUCUCCUAGCAGACCGCUCUCUCGCUCAUCCAGUAAGCAACUCAAUUCGUCGUCUAAAGAGGCGUCUCCGACCGAUUCUGCUGACGUCAACAGGCCUAGAAAAAUGCUGGGUCGCAGGAAUAGUAGCGAAGGUCGUUCUUCACCGUUUCAGCACGGUCGUGGGUUUUUCGACCUUUCUGCACCGCUGUCGAGUAGUCCGAAUAUCAUGCCGAAGGACAUCAAGGACCAAAACUUGUUGGAGGUCAUUGGAGGCCAACA